GAACGCCGAACGCCGUCCUCAAGUCAGAGACAGACACAAAGACUUUAACUGUAACACGCAGGCUCUUAGACACAGGAUCUGACCACAGAUCAGCCCCAGAGAGACUAGAGCUGGAGCAUCUGCGCUGUCCUCCUGCUUCCAGCUCAGAGUAUUUACUUUACGGUAACCCGAGCCCUAGGAUGGUUCAUUCCCAUCGGGACUCGGGUGACGUGUUAGAGACUGGCAAUGAUCCGUUUUGUUCUUACGCUACAGAGAUGGACCAUGGCAACAUGCCCUUGGGUUUAGAGACACAGACUGAUCUGUCUAGAGGGGACUGGAACCGGUAUAGUAGUAGUGUAUACUCUGAAGGGUUCCUAGAUAAGAAAGGGGAGGGUCUGGUCAUAGAUGAGGUGACUGUGAAAGUGGAGGACGAUACUCCUCUGACAUGGAAUAUAGACGAGACUCACUUAGGAGAAGGACACUCACAGGGCAGAGAUUUCUUAGUUUACAUGGACAGUUUAGAGAAAAAUGUAAAUGUUGCCACCCAGUCCCAUUUACACAGGCUCAGGGAUCGGGACCCAUUGUCCACGUCGAUGGAGCCUUCCAAUUCACACAGCCGUGUCCUUUUCGAUCAGUUAUUGAACUCAAAGGACCAAAGGGCCAAGGCUCGAGGAGGGGGAGCAACAUCAGGUGAUAGUAAAGAAAAAUGGUUCCUCUGCAUGUUCUGUAACAAAGGCUUCAGCAGCUCCCAGAAGGUGGAGAUCCACCAGAGGGUCCACACAGGGGAGAAAUCCUUCAGCUGUACCCAGUGUCACAUGCACUUCGCCCAUGCUAGCAGCCUAAAGAGGCACCAAAGGGUCCAUACAGGGGUGAAACCAUUCAGCUGUACUCAGUGUCACAUGCGCUUCGCCCAGACUGGUGACCUGAAGAGGCACCAGAGGGUCCACACAGGAGAGAAGCCCUACAGCUGCCCCCAGUGUGAGAAGAGAUUCUCCCACCAGCACCAUCUGAAGAUGCACCUGAAGGUCCACACGGGAGAAAGGCCAUUCAGAGAGUAACUAACUAAGGCUUCACCAUCAGAAAAAACACUCCACUAUAACUUAUAAAGUAACCAUUCCAUUCGAUAGCUUCUGACUUUUACAUCAAACCCUGCAUUAGACAACGAUACAUUUUCAAUGUUGUCAGCAGAAAGAUCUACAGAUGCAUUUUGAAUAACGAGAGUAACAGAUUUCAGUGUAGAAUUUCCCUGGGUAAAAUAUUGCAUCCAGACAUUGUGUGAGAUAAAAGGCAUAUAUAAGCCUAAAAGUCUGUUACAUAUUGUGUUUGUACUGUGUAGGCCAGGGAUUCUCAACUGGGGGGGUCGCACAAAUAUCUAGUAGUAAAGCGAAUCCUGAAGAGAGUACCGAACCACUGCUUCCUACACAGGGAGGCAUUGGCAGAGAAGGAUAUGGUGCCUGAGCUCCACGCCACUCUCCAGGAUGUGAUCAAGUGUGUCAACAAUAUCAAAAAUAAAAGGUGUUUCCAGGCCUUCUGCAGGGAUAUGGGGAGCGAGCACCAGCAGGUGCUUUAUCAUGCAGAGGUCCGCUGGCUUCCAGUGGUAAAAUGUUGGGUCGCUUUUAUGAGCUUCGAGCAGAGAUUGCUGUGUCUCUUUAGGAAAACAAGUAAUCUCUGCACAAACAUUUCGAUUGGAAGGAAUGGCUCACACAGUUUGCCUACCUGGCAGAUAGUUUUGAUCAUCUGAAUUCGCUCAAAUUGUCAAUGCAAGGGAGGGGGCACAAUUGAUUUGAACAGAGGGACAAAGUGGAUACCUUCAAUAUGAAGCUUACCGUUUGGUCAAAUCAUGUUUCUAACAGGAGUAUUGACAUGUUUCCCAAUGCUGAUUUAGAGAUUCAGAAUCUGAUCAACAAAGCGCUCGGCGACACACUGACAAAAACCGUUAAACAGCAUCUUGUCAAGCUGCCGGGAAAGUUUUGCGACUACUUCCCGGAGGAGAAUAAGAGACAAGACAACAAACAUAAUUUUUAAUUUUUUUAUUAAAAAAAACAUUUAACCUUUAUUUUUAACUAGGCAAGUCAGUUAAGAACAAAUUCUUAUUUACAAUGAUGGCCUACCCUGGCCAAACCAGGAUGACGCUGGGCCAAUUGUGCACCGCCCUAUGGGACUCCCAAUCACAGUCUGGACAGCCAGCAUGACCUCCGAGUUGCCCUGUCAACCAUUACCCCGAACUUCAAUAAACUUAUCAAACUGAAGAAACACCCCCAACUUUCCCACUGAUACGCCACACACCCGCACACACACACAAUAAAUAAACAGGUUAAUGAGUUAUUGUUCACUAGGUUAAUUAUUAUUGUUAAUUAAUUCUGACAUUCAUAUUACAUGUUAUUGAACUGGUAAAAAAAAGUAUACCUUUAAUUAGAGGUCGACCGAUUAUGAUUUUUCAACGCCGAUACCGAUACCGAUUAUUGGAGGACCAAAAAAGCCGAUGCCGAUUUUUUUGUUGUUUGUAAUAAUGAUGCUACAACAAUACUGAAUUAACACUUAUUUGAACUUAAUAUAAUACAUCAAUAAAAUCAAUUUAGCCUCAAAUAAAUAAUGAAACAUGUCCAAUUUGGUUUAAAUAAUGCAAAAACAAAGUGUUGGAGAAAGUAAAAGUGCAAUAUGUGCCAUGUAAGAAAGCUAACGUUUCAGUUCCUUGCUCAGAACAUGAGAACAUAUGAAAGCUGGUGGUUCCUUUCAACAUGAGUCUUCAAUAUUCCCAGGUAAGAAGUUUUAGGUUGUAGUUAUUAUAGGAAUUAUAGGACUAUUUCCCUCUAUACCAUUUGUAUUUCAUUAACCUUUGACUAUUGGAUGUUCUUAUAUGCACUUUAGUAUUGCCAGUGUAACAGUAUAGCUUCAGUCCCUCUCCUCGCUCCUUCCUGGGCUCGAACCAGCAACACAACGACAACAGCCACCAUCGAAGCACCGUUACCCAUGCAGAGCAAGGGGAACAACUACUAGAAGGCUCAGAGCAAGUGACGUUUGAAACGAUAUUAGCGCGCGCUAACUAGCUAGCCAUUUCACUUCGGUUACAUCAGCCUCAUCUCGGGAGUUGAUAGGCUUGAAGUCAUAAACAGCGCAAUGCUUGACGCACAACGAAGCGCUGCUGGCAAAACGCACAAAAGUGCUGAUUGAAUGAAUGUUUACUUGCCUGCUUCUGCCUACCACCGCUCAGUCAGAUACUUGUAUGCUUGUAUGCUCAGUCAGAUUAUAUGCAACGCAGGACACGCUAGAUAAUAUCUAGUAAUAUCAUCAACCACGUAUAGUUAACUAGUGAUUAUGAUUGAUUGUUUUUUUUUGAUGAAUCGGUCGACCUCUACCUUUCAUCAAACUUUAAGGUUGUGAAACUAUUCACAUGGUAAUUGAUGAUUAAGAAUUCCUAAUGAUUGCUGUUUUUUCUAAACUGGCAUGUGUUGCUGUUCAUUAACAUUAUUGGACUGGUGUUAAUUUCAUGUUCUGAGUCUGAUAAUGUAUUACACCCCACUCCUGAACUGGUCCCCUAAUUAAAAUGGCUUAUUCUCUUGAAUUUACAAUAAAUGUUUUCUCAGUUAAUAUGGCUGUCUAAUUACUUUCUUUAAUACCACAAUAGUAGCCUGUUGAGACAGUCUAUUUUGCAAGUGAAGCCAGCCCAAGAAAGCAAGUGGCAAUACAACAUUACAGAAUGUAAUCAUCAACAGUCCAUAAUAUUGGGUCGCGACUCAAUUGUCAUUGUAAAAUUUUGGUCCCCAGGCAAAACCAGUUGAGAACCACUGGUGUAGGCUAUAAUGAAAUAGGCAUUUGUGAACAUCAUACUUUCAUUCCACUACAGAUUUUUUUCUCUAGAGACACUUUUAAUGAGAAAAUGUAUGCAGUUUAUCAAGUUUAUUUAGAUUUUUUGUUGAGACCUGUAUGUGUGGUUUUCAUAUAGUGUAUUUAUAACUUGUUCACUUUUAAUAAACACAAAAUUUGACUUUUCA